CACUUCCUGACACUGGCCAUAUAUAAGUGGAUGGUCGGGGAAACUGUCAGUGGCUGAUUGCUCCCUCUGAGGCACUCAAGCACACUUCUUUACACACAACACUUAUCUUCUCCCACUUUGCAAACAUGAGGAUGUUGGCGUUCUCGUGGUUGUUGGUGAUAGCAGUGGUGGGGGUGCUGGUGGGGCAAACCUCAGCAAAGGUUUACAAGAAGUGUGAGCUGGCCAGGAUACUGGAGCGUCAGUUCCGCCUACCACGAGAUCAGAUCAAGAGGUUUGUCUGCAUCGCUCAGUACGAGUCAGGCUUCAACACAGCAGCUUUCAACCGCAACAGGAACGGUAGCAAGGACUACGGUAUCUUCCAGAUCAACAGUAUGUACUGGUGUCGUGAUGAUACCAGAGGAAAAUCAAACUCUUGCGGGAUACAAUGCAGAGAUCUCUUGAGCGAUAAUCUGAGUACUGCCGUCACUUGUGCCCGGAAGAUCUUGAGAUCCCAAGGAUAUUCCGCUUGGGUGGCCUACAAAAACAGGUGCCGUAACCGUAACCUUGAUGCUUACAUGGCCGAGUGCUGGGGUGCUUCUGGGAGAGGACUGAAUGUUGUCUAAGAUGCUGAGGCUGAGAGAGAUGUCCAAGAUGCUGGUAGAACUCUCCACGAUGCUGGGUGAGACUUACCGUGGUGCUGAACGUGCGACGUUUCACUCUGACUUGUAAAUGGACCGAAGCGCUGUCAGAGCUCCUCUCUCUCCCAUGUGUGGGUUAUUUGCAAAUCGUUUACAUUCACUAGCCACCUGUACGCCAAAAUCUCCACCACCUGCCCAGCGCCACUUAACUCUUGUAUCCUUAGAAAUUACAUAUUAUCAUCUAAGUAAUUUUGUUCUCAAUAAAACGCAAAUAUAACAGA